AUCAUCGACGGACGAUACCACACACCAUGUCGUCAUUUCGUUUCAAUUGCAACGCGGCAUCAAGACUGCCUACGAGCAAACUGUAUCUUCAGCCGGCGGCAUCCAUUUCAGUGCAAAUCGCCAGCUUGCAUAAGAAUGAUGGGACCACCAGUUCGCAACCCUAUCCGGGUCAGCGAUUUAGUCUGUCCAGAGUGCAUUUCACGGGAAAGGAACGGUACCCUUGGUCUUCCAUGA